GGGCUUUCACGUGACGUCACCAAACGCGAGUCGCCAUUACGGAGAUAUACCCCCCACCCCCCCAGACCAAAACAAAGCCAGAGCGUAUGAGAGACUGCACAUUUCUGCUCCUUCAUAAACCGUAAUCACAAUCCGCGUGGAAAAUGGUCAAUUAUUGCCGUGUGUACGGUUGUACAAAUCGGUCUGACCGAGAAAAACACCUGGAGUUUUACAGACUUCCAAAAGUUAUCACAAAUCAGGGAGAUACUUGCCGAAACUUAUCAGAAGAAAGGAGACGUCAGUGGCUUGCUGCACUGAAACAGAACUUCACGGGCAAGAAUCUUGACAACAUUCGUGUUUGUUCUUCACAUUUAUUGUCAGUUAUUCUCAUCCGGGAUAUUUUGCACAAAUUCUCCCGAGUUUUCCGAGUUGUUUGGCUUCAACGAGGAGGACGUGAAGCUUGAAGUGAAGCGAGGACACAGACUGAUGUGUAAACAUUGUGGGCAAAGAGGAGCUACUGCCGGAUGUGAAAACGGGCGCUGCAAGAGGUCCUUCCACUACCCGUGUGCUGUGGAAGGAGAAUCCCGGCCCUUUGAGGAACGCGUCACGGGUCGCUUUGGGCUGUACUGCUCAAACUGUAAACUAAAAAUCAACAAUCCUGUAAACGGCUCCUCCACGACUCCCAGCGGAGCCGGACCGUCGAAAGUCUUCCUGGUUUUCUCCAAGCCCCCAGAAAGAAGUAAAAGCCUCCCCCUGUUGAACUCUGACCAAAUCGCUCCUUCGUCAAAAAAGAAGAAAAGGGGCCGAAAACCUAAAGACAAACGGGAUCCGCUGGACAGGGACUCGGCCAAGAGACGCCGGAGUGACGGUGACGCGUAUAAGAAGAGAAAAGAGAGGGGACUUUUAAAGUCGAUUGGCGAACUCACUGCUAAACAGCAACAAAAACAAAGAGCCAAGUGGAAUGAAAAUUCUAAAAGGGCAGGAUAUGGGAGACCCUUGAAGAAGAAGCGCAAAGACAGGAAGCGGAUCGUAUCUGAUGACUCCUCAGACACAGACUUCAACGGACUCCUUCCUCCGCUGGAGUCGGACUUGGAUGAAAGUGAAACCUCUCUGUUUCACACCGAACCGGCGGCUCCUGAGCCCCUCAGAGACCCCCAGAGCGUCGCAGCCCGGCAGAACCAGAACCCGGCGAUGGCUGAGAUCGGGGAUGAAGACGUGACCAUCAUCCCCUCCGACGCCGACUCGGAGAGUUUGCUUCCUCAAGCUCGGACGUCGUCACCAGAACCUCCCCGGGUCAUCUGGGCGGAGACGGGGGUGCAGACAAUCAAGUUUGAAGAUUACAGAUGUGGGCUCUGGACGUUAACGGAUCCUGACAGACCUGCAGAGUCUAUGGCCACAGAGCAGGAAGAGUUAAGUCCUCGGCAGAGUCCGGUCCUCGACCCAGAGCAGCCCAGCAGUGGACCGCCAACCCCGGAGGAGAGUCCGGCCCACGAUCUAAACCAGCCUAGCGGACCACCAACCCCCGAAGAGAGUCUAGUCUACGAUCUAGACCAGCCUAGCGGACCGCCAACCCCCCAGGAGAGUCCGGUCCACGAUCUAGACCAGCCUAGCGGACCGCCAACCCUCCAGGAGAGGCUGGUGCACGAUCCAGACCAGCCUAGCAGUGGACCUUCAGCCCCCCAGCAGAGUUCAGUCCACGAUCAAGAGCAGUGCAAUAAUGGAUUUCCAGCCCCCCAGCAAAGUCCGGUCCACGAUCCAGGGCAGUGCAGCAGUGGACCUUUAGCCCACAAGGAGAGUCCGGUCCACGGUGUCCAGUACUCUCCCGAACACGUUAACUGUUGCAGUCUUGCUGCCUCACCUCCCUCGAGCAGCUCGAUGAUUCCUCCGGCUGAACCCGUCUACAUGACCCUGUCCCCGUCUCCUUCCCCUCCCCCCGCACCCGCCUCGCACCCAGAAUCAGGGUCCGACAUUGACUCCUCCCUUUUCUGGAGGAGCUGCAACACCGUCGGCUGCACGCGGGCCAUCGUCGAUGGCUUCAUGAGUGGGAUGAACGAGAUCUUCGGCAGAGUCCAGACCGAGCAGGCGAGCCAGGAGGAUUACGACCGGGCGCUUGCGGUGAUCACGGCUUCUGGCAGACUUGCAGAGUUUGUGGACAGGCAGCAAAAAGAGUUGCAGAGGAAACAGACAGAACUUCAGAGAGCAGCAGAAGCUUUGCAGACCGUCGUAUCGACGCUGAAGAGAUGAGUUGACAAGCUGCCGCUUCCUGCCGUCUUUCAAACGUACGAUUUAUGGUUUACAGGCGGGUGUGACGCCGGAGCUGGGAGAAAGUGUUUAGAAACCGUAACAGAAUUAUUUCCAAACAUGUUCCAUAUUUAGUUUUAUGAGGAAAAUCAAAUGCUUUUUAUAUUCCGUUUAUAUUCCGGUUGUUGUAUUAUUUAUUGUUUUCAAAUGUUGUUUUUAACGGAAAUUUCAAACUUCCUAACCAGGAAUACGUUUUUAUAUUGUUGAAAUUACUGUAGGUGUUGACUUAAUUUUACUUAAAAGACCAAACAGUCCUCUGAACGUUUUUUCAGAAACAAGAAAUGCGUUAAAGAGCUCAAAUACACAUUAAAUAAAUCUUAACCUGAACAAAGGUUCUGGGGGAAGAAAUGAUGGGAAUGCUACAGAAGUAAGAAAAAUGGAGGCAAAUUUAAUAUUCUCCCUAUUUAACCUUUUAUUUUAUUCAUGUAAUCUUCAGUAAAUAUAUUUUUGCUCUACUGUGAAGUUGUUGAAUAUGUUUGUUGGAGGAAACAAUUGUUUUAACUUUUCCACCAGUUUCUAUGAACACAUUUGUAAUGCGAGCGGAGCAACCCAGUCCCCUGAUCUUCACUCAGACCAGACGAACUUUAUUUGUCCUUGAAGGACAUUUGUCUCAGAUGGAAGUGCAAAAAGAUCCAAAACAAUCGUAAAAAACCUUGUUCUGACUUUUAUAAAACCAAAUCUUUCAUGUCAGAUUAAACAAUGAGGUUCUUUUCUCACCUCAGUCUUUCAUGAAUUGUGAACUGACAGAAAUAAAGACGACAAACUGUG